AUGGCCAUUUCAGAUUUCCUGAACAGUCUAUUUCUCGAGGAUCGCUCACAGAGGGUCAUCAAUUUGAAGUAUCCCAAGACAGACGGCCACAAUGCUAUGGACUCCCGGAUCCACUCGGCUCUAGAUAUUGAUGAGAUGUGGUACCAGAACAAAGAUGCAGCCUUUAACCGAGAGAUUUCGGACUCGGAGACCAAUCUACGGCGGCUGAAGGCGCGCGAGGUUGCGGAGCAUGUGAGUUUGGGCGAGCUUUGUAAUCAAGUCGACGCUCUUGACACGUACGAACUCGUUCAGAUGCGCAAGUGUCGUGGCUACGAGAGAGCUCACAUGUUCUCUUGUAGCACCGUGACCUUUUCAUUCUCAACGGAUUAUCCCAUCCGAAAGAUAGAGCGCAAUCCGUCUAGUCCAGCCUAUUCAACAUGGCACUCCUACGACGAUUCGGAGACGCUAGGUGAAAAGCGGUACUACAACUACCUCGAAUCAGAUAAGUGGAAUUCAUCUGUCGAUUAUGAGGUCACAGUAUAUGGGUAUAAGAAAGAAGUCAAGGCGGACGAGAUCAGCAGAUUAACAAGAGAGAGAGACGAAGCGCUGGAAGAUGUGAAAAACACAAUGAAGGUGAUACAAGAAACAAAAGACAAAAUCGAGAAGGCAAAAGAGAAUCUUGUUGCCAAUCGUAAAGAGAUCGACCGAAUCGCUGUCCAUCGAAAGAAACUCACACAACGAUAUAUGCCCCUGGAAUCCAUCAAGGAGAAAGGGCAGUACCUCGCGACGACCAGUAUUCUUAGUUAUAGCUAUGCCCUCGGCGGAAUUUCCAAUAGGAUCCUGGCUUCCCAAUUUCCCACCUCAUACAUUGAGUCUUCACGUUCUCAAGCCAUUGAGAAGUACACCAACAAGACCCGGACAUACGAGAGCAUGCUCGAAAUCUGCGACUCAAUGCUAAGCAGUCUUUCUCAGACCAUUUCAAACCUUGAUUCGUGUAGAAGUAAGCUACAAACUGUACUUAAAUCACUGGUCGAGACGGUUGCACACACGAAGAAAAGCUUAGACGAGCUUGAAACCUUCACGGCGACUGAUGUCUCAGGCUGGCCUAUUGCAGACCAGAAGGAGGCGCUCAAGGCGCUCGUCCUUUUUCGACCAUACUUCGAGCCGCUAUUGAUCAGUAGCCGCGCGACGACAGAGGAGGUGAUAUGUCAGCAUGGUGAACAGCUUGUCGCACGGGAAGCAUUCGCGCAUGCUUGCCUCCAAGCAAUCAAGACGCAAUUGGAAAAACACAAGGAGUCACAUACAAAAUGGAAAGGAAUGAAGCGAGGAGUAGAGGCUUCACUGGAAGCCGCAAAGCAUAUGUGCAAGCUAGGUGGUAUGUUUGGCAUUGGUGAAUUUUGUGUACUCAAGCAAGCCAUCGACCAAUUCUCCCCUGACAGCAACAAGGUGUGGGAUGCACUGUUUGAGCAACUCCGGCAGUCAUACCUCGAUGAUCCGGGUAAUUGGCGUAAUCUUCAAGGAACUUUGUAG